AGACUGGAAAGGGAGAGGGAUUGGAGUGGGAGGGAGCGAGAGAGAGAUGGAGAGAGUUGGAGGUGAUAAAAAGCCGCGCAGUGUAGGCCGGGUAUUCUGUGUGCAUGUGGGAGGUGCUCACACACUGUGACAGAGGUUGUAGUUGCCUUGACUUGGAGUGGCGAUGAAUGCGACGGGUUCGUUCUUAUUUUAUAUUUCCUUCAUCCUUUUUGUUUGAUUCGUAGUUCUCAUGUAGCACAUAUCCGAAUUGCCCUUCAGCUGCAGUGGCCUGCCAUUGUAUCGCAAGCUCGUUCCGACUGCGGAGAAGUGUUGGUGGGAAGUACAUGUAAUACGUAGUAGUGUUUUCCGUUACUGCGUGGUCGAGGUUGUCAGGCUCUUUUGUUGUAUGAGGUUUUUGGAUUUUGCGAUUUCAGUAGCUACGCGCGGUUGGUCACAAGAUUUUUUGUUUACUGGAUACGUUCGCGAAGAAGGUAGAUUCACGGCGAUAAUAGCGACCUUGUAGUAUCGUCUUUCUCUCCGAACUUUUUCUCUUGAUUGUCAUUCAUUCCUUCAGCCGGAGGGAUUUUUGAGCUUAGCAAGAUUAGUCUGUGAUGCCUCUUGCAAGAAAGCAUUGUACCUCAGCAUUUAACACAACAGAGAAGACGUUGACGCUCUUAGUGUCGUAGCAGGGUUUGUCGUCCUUCUCCGUUCCAAUGUCACUAUCAAUGGUUAACGACAUAUGUCCAAAACAUUUAGAGCCAUUUAAUCUUGACACUCGUGAUCACGGAUGGGGACAAGACUUUCCAGGGCUGCAUCAAUAGCAUCUGAGAGGGAGUUUGCUGCUGCUGCUCGGGGGCAGUCGUAGGCGUCUAUUGCUAUUUUAUCAUCACAAUAAGUUGAUCAUAUCGAAUUCAAUCAACAUCUGAAAGAAGCUGUCCUAGCAUUCCAUUUUUAUCUUUUCGGAGAGUACCUGCUCACACCAAAGAAUUGCUGCUCCUACCUAGUUUCUUGCAAGCUCUGUUCACCGUUAGACAGAUUAUAGAGUAGCAAAGUGUUAUACCUCUACUACGGAUAUCAUUACCGCAGAGUGUUAAGCAGAGACUACGAAGAGAGUCAAAGCAGUCACCAAUUCGAUUUUACACUCUGCAUUUCAUCCAGGUAGCAGGUGUGGAAGUAAGGACAAUCAAUUCGUGAUCUAUUUUUUUAAUUCCUUCUCAGGCGGAGAAAGACUACGGAAAUUAUUGGAAGAUCCCUCUGGUCACUGGCGAAUGCAACCGCUUCUGUCUCGUACGCGGCGAUCACCUUAAAGGCAGGACGUCGAAUCGGGAUCGAAAUACUCCUCUGUAAGGAAGGAAGAUUGUGGAACUGAUGCCUGCUUCACUAGAGGACAACCCAUUGCAAUUUCACCGAAAAGCUGCCCAUUGAAACGCUUCAUCAUGCAAUGUUGAAAUCAAGUAUAAUCCUAAGUUUUGGAGAGGGAGGGAAGGCGAAGAGCUUACACCAGAUUCCACAGAGUGCAAUUGUAAUGAGAAACGUGUUUUCUCAUAGACUUUUCCUGUUUGUGUUUAUCUUGAAUCUGGCAUCCUCAACCUUAGCAUUGACACCUGAUGGCUUGGCUUUGAUGUCGCUCAAAGAACUUCUAAUCGAUCCCGAUAAUCGCCUUGCCAACUGGAACGAAUCGGAUGCGGAUCCUUGCAGAUGGGUCGGAGUAAGGUGCCUGCUAAAUACUAGCCGCGUGCAGAUGUUGGUACUCCCGUUCAAACAGUUGCGAGGACCUAUAUCACCGGAAAUCGGCAAGCUCGACCAACUCAGUAGACUGAGCCUACAUUCAAAUAAACUUUACGGACCCAUUCCAAAAGAGCUUGGCAACUGCACAUCAUUACGACAAUUGUAUCUGCGGGGGAAUUUUCUCACUGGGAGUAUACCAACAGAGCUAGGGAAUCUCAGGCUCCUUGCAGUGUUGGACUUGUCAAGUAAUGGACUAACGGGUAGCAUUCCUAGUUCUAUUGGAUCGCUAUUCAGGCUCACCUUUUUAAACGUUUCCUCUAAUUUUCUCUCGGGCGAUAUUCCAACAAAUGGGGUCUUAAAAAACUUCACUUCCCAGUCGUUCCUAGAGAACCCAGGCCUUUGCGGUUCACAAGUGAAGAUAAUUUGUCAGGGUAUCUCUCCAGCACCCGCCCCCGCACCAUGGAAACCAACUCCAGCAAGCGCACCACCGUACUCUGAGCCUCUACCUUUUGGAGAUGGAAACAGUCCUGCUCCGUCUCCUGCUAUAGCCUCAGGGGGAUCUACUGUAGAGCCUACUAUAACAUCUCAGAAGCACGGGUACUCCAAUGCACUUUUGAUAAGUGCAAUGAGUACUGUAUGCAUUGCCUUAUUAAUUGCUCUAAUGUGCUUCUGGGGUUGGUUCUUACAUAAUAAAUAUGGAAAACAGAAGCAAGUUCUGGGAAAAGUCAAAGGUGUAGAAGCAUACCAUGGAGCUAAGGUGGUAAAUUUCCAUGGCGAUCUGCCCUACACGACUUUGAAUAUCAUAAAGAAAAUGGACCUGCUUGAUGAAAGGGACAUGAUAGGCUCUGGUGGGUUUGGCACGGUGUAUCGCUUGGUUAUGGAUGAUGGCAAAAUUUACGCAGUAAAACGGAUUGGAGUAUUUGGAUUAUCGUCUGAUCGCGUCUUCGAAAGGGAGCUGGAAAUUUUGGGUAGUUUUAAGCACCGAAAUCUCGUCAACCUACGUGGCUACUGCAACUCUCCAACUGCCAAGCUUCUGAUAUACGACUACUUGCCCUGCGGAAACCUGGAAGAGUUUCUUCACGAUAGAGAGCCGCAAGAGGUGUUGCUAAACUGGGCAGCGCGUUUGAAGAUCGCCAUUGGGGCUGCCCGAGGGCUUGCUUACUUGCAUCAUGACUGCAGCCCUCGCAUAAUCCACCGCGACAUCAAAUCAAGCAAUAUUCUAUUGGAUGAAAAUUUAGAUCCUCAUGUGUCUGACUUUGGCUUGGCCAAGCUGUUGGAAGACAAAGCCUCUCAUGUGACUACUAUUGUUGCUGGUACCUUUGGCUACCUUGCACCAGAAUAUAUGCAUACUGGGCGCGCCACUGAGAAAGGGGACGUGUACAGCUAUGGUGUCGUAUUGUUGGAGCUUUUAAGUGGCCGACGCCCCAGUGAUCCUUCUCUCAUUGCGGAAGGCUUGAACCUAGUUGGUUGGGUUACGCUCUGCAUCAAGGAGAAUAUGCAGUUUGAGAUUUUUGACCCGAGGAUCAUAGAUGGAGCUCCAAAGGAUCAGCUGGAGUCUGUUCUGCAGAUUGCUGUGAUGUGUAUUAAUGCUUUGCCGGAAGAGCGCCCUACAAUGGAUCGAGUGGUUCAAUUGUUGGAGGCUGAUACCCUCUCCCCGUGUCCCAGCGAACUCAGCAACUUCUACAGAUCACCUCAUUCUGACGAGGAAGCCCGAGGCCGCUAGGCCACUUACGAUCAGGUCGUAAUUCUUGCUCAGUACCGCCGGCAGCAGGUGUUAACAUUGUACCAUAAAGGCCAAAGUACAUCAGCACGCAUUGGGUAACACGGUGUUUGCGGGUUCAAGCUUGUACCUUAAGAAUUCAGUUUACUACGUCUCAGUUUUUUGUGAUUCACUUAUUUAUUCCCUACUAGCUGUGGCUUAGGGAGAUGUAUGUCUUGGCACCCUAAACACUUGUAGCCCACUCUUUAGACACUUCAGAUUGUACCAUAAUGGCAUACCAAUCAGAUGUCUGUCAAAGGAUUAGGUUGUCAGGGAUUUAUCUUGAACAAAAAUCUUAGAAGUCAUCGUUCUUAGAAGUCACCAUUCUGAGAAGUGCUGCAUCCCCAACUUGAUGAUGCUAUCUUGGCACCUUCCUGGCCUGGGGUGUGUGAAAACUUUCUUAUUCUUGUGCUUACAUCUGCAUAAUUCAAUCCUCUUAAUGUUGACAGCA